GGGGCCGGGCUGUGUCGCGGUCCCUCCCCGUGUCGCGGUCCCUCCCGCCGCUAUAAGCGCGCGGCGGCGGCGGGCGCGGGUCCCGGGGCGAUGGCGCUGCGCUGCCUGCUGCUGCUGCUCUGCGGAGCCGCGCUCGGACCCGCCGUGCACCUCGACUUCGCCGAGCACCGCAGCCAGGCCGCCAAGAUCAAGGUCAACCCCCGCGGCAACCUCUGGGCCACAGGUCACUUCAUGGGCAAGAAGAGCGUGACAGGCUCCCCACACCUGGAGGCUGCCGAGGAGCCUGCAGUGCCCAUGGUGUUUGGUCCCUCUCUCCGAGCCCUGCUGGAGGACAUGAUGGAACUGCUCACCCGGGAGCUCCUGAAAAUCCUCUUGCAGGAAAGGCUGCUGGAUGAGAACCAAGGGAAAUACGACCUCACUGGCCAGGAGACAGGGCUUUUAACAAAGGUGCUGGAGAAGUACUUCUCAAACUGAGGAGGAGCAGCUGGGGAGCAUGAGGUGUGCAAGGUCAGCUGUGCCUGCUGAACAGAGGAGAGCUUUUUCCUUGUGGGUUCCUAUAGCAACAGCACUUUUAUUUAUUCUUUCUGAACUAUUGUUAAUAGUGAUGGUGUGUGUGAAAGUGGAGCCUCCCGGUGUGUUUUCUGUUUCCUUGCUGUCUGAUGUGCCUGUGUGAAUAAAACUGGUCCUUUGCACGGA